AUGAAUUUAUUUAAACAUUAGAAACAGAACGUCACAACGCAAAGCCGACAACCUUUUCAGAGAUUAAAGCCGGCGAGCCGGCGAAUUCACAGAACAAACAUCUUGAAACCAACAAAUAAGACAAAAAACUAACACCAUAGCAAACAAGAAAGACAAGAUUCACCCAAAUGUUUUGGUAUCAUAUAUUUAUCCAAAUUAAUUGAACACGAAUAAAUCACACGUGGCAGUCAGAAAUGCAUCCUAAAGAAUAAAGAUGAUGAGAGCCGCCUCGUUCAAAGUCAAGGCCACCAGGUCUGACCAGUCUCCCCCACCCUUCUUCUCCACCUUCUGAUAUUUUCAACGGUCAAACUUUUAUCACCUUCUCAGAAACUACAUUUUAUUUCAUUUCUUCCAUUAAAAAACAAAACUAAAAAUAAACCAACCAAUCAGAUCAUGCAAUAUGUUUUUAUAUAUACAGACAUAAAACGAACAUAUACAUAAACAUUUCAAGAGCCCAUCACAUCUUCUUCCAAGCUCUCGUAAGAAACACUUUCUAUAUAUAUCUGAAGUUGGUCUUUCUUAAAAUAAAGAAAGCUUCAAUUUUUUUAUGUAUGGCUGCUUCUUCCCUUCUUCAUAUAGACAAUAACACAACCAGACAAAACAUGAGUGGUUCUGCUAACUGGUCACGAAGAUCAUCAGCAUCUUUGGAAGAUCUUGAGAUCCCAAACUUUAGAUCUUUUGCUCCUUCUUCAGUCUCAAUCUCUCCUUCAACUUGUUUCAGUCCCUCUGUUUUCCUCGAUUCCCCUGCUUUUGUUGCCUCCUCUGCUAACGUUCUUGCUUCUCCAACCACAGGAGCUCUUAUUACAAACGAAAGCAAUCAGAAAAAUGUAACCAAGGAAGAGAAGAACAACAACAUUAACUACUUCGAUUUCUCAUUUCAGACACAAUCAUCAACACUUUCUGCACCAACAACAACAGCAACAAACAGUUCGAUCUUUCAGUCACAGGAACAAGAGAGGAAGAACCAGUCAGAUCAAAAAUGGAGCCAAACUCUAAACAACAGCAACACUCAUCAAGCUGUAUCUUACAAUGUAAGGGAGCAAAGGAAAGGAGAGGACGGUUACAACUGGAGAAAGUACGGUCAGAAACAGGUGAAAGGGAGCGAGAAUCCUCGGAGUUACUAUAAGUGUACUUUCCCAAGCUGUCCAACCAAGAAGAAAGUUGAGAGAUCUUUGGAAGGUCAGAUCACAGAGAUUGUCUAUAAGGGAAGCCAUAACCAUCCUAAACCUCAAUCCACCAGAAGAUCAUCUUCGUCUUCUUCUUCAACAUUUCAUUCAGCUGUGUUCAAUGCCAGCCUUGAUAAUAGUUUCAGUCACUCUGAUUCCCUUGCAAUCCAACAAGAUGAUAACACUACUUCUGGUUCUGUCGGAGACGAUGAGUUUGAACGAGGCUCAUCGGUUGUCAGCAGAGAAGAAGAAUGUGGGAGUGAACCUGAAGCAAAGAGAUGGAAAGGAGAAAGUGAGACAAACGGUGGGAAUGGUAAUGGAAGCAAGACAGUGAGAGAGCCAAGAAUUGUUGUGCAGACAACAAGUGAUAUCGACAUUCUUGACGACGGUUACAGAUGGAGAAAAUACGGCCAAAAAGUCGUUAAAGGAAACCCAAAUCCAAGAAGCUACUACAAGUGCACAACCAUCGGUUGUCCAGUGAGGAAACAUGUCGAGAGAGCAUCACAAGAUCUGAGAGCAGUAAUCACAACCUACGAAGGGAAACAUAACCACGACGUACCUGCAGCUCGUGGAAGCGGUUACGCCACAAACAGACCGGUACAAGACCCUUCUUCAGCCCCAAUUAGACCAGCUGCUAUAGCUGGUCACACCAACUACACUACUUCUUCACGAGCACCAUAUACGCUCCAGAUGCUUCAAAACAACAACAACAACACUAAUGCAGGGCCUUUUGGUUACGCUAUGAACAGUCACAACAACAUUCAAACGCAACAAAACGACUUCGCUGGUGGAUUCUCUAGAGCAAAAGAAGAACCAAACGAUGAGUCAUCCUCGUUUUUUGAUUCGUUCUUGUCGUGAAGAUAAAGGGUUUCACUACUUAAUAGUGAUCCUGAAGAUACUAAGACUAUAUAGUCUAUAGUCCUCCAUAGAGAAAAUUAUUUCAUUUGUUUUUUUUUUCUUUACAUGGCUCAUGCUAGAGCGCUUUCACAUGCCUGUAAUAUUAUACUAUCUUUAGUCUUCUUGUGUACCAUAGAACUAGAAAAAACGAAAUAAAGCCAAUCAAUUUUUCACA